AUGCAUCGCCUUCCCUUGGCGACAUGUCUUCUCCUAUGCCUACUGAGUCUACUAUGCCGAGCGGACUACACGACCUGGGGCUGGUUUAGGACCACUACGGAAUCAACAUCUACAGCUUCAACGACCUGGAACUGGUUUACGGGGACCACUGCGGAACCAGCAUCUACAGCUUCAGCUACUUCGACAAUAUCGCCAUGGCCGACUAGGUAUUCAACCACAGGAGAAUCGACACCUUCGACAGUACCACCAUCACAACUUGUCGACCAGUGCAAGUGUACUGAUAAAAACAUCUGGCUUGAUAUCUAUUUCUUGAUGGAUGCAUCGUACGCCAUGACCAGCCCUGGAUUCGAUGGUGCUACAGCGUUCAUCCAAUCUGCGCUAUCCAAAAUGACUCUAGGACAGGAUUAUGCUCAGCAAACCCGUGCGGGUGGAAUUCAAUUAGCUAUUGAAAGUUUCAACAGUGAAGAACAUAGACCGAAUGCGCAGAAGGUCAUCGUUGUUGUGGCAUCCGCUUACGAGUGA